AUGGGCGCUCCCUCAUCAGAACUGGACAUAGUGAUCGUCGGCGCAGGCCUAGCGGGCCUCGCGGCGUCCAUAUCAUGCGCGCUGGCAGGGCACCGCGUCCAUGUGCUGGAAUCCGCGAAAGAGCUGGCGGAGAUCGGGGCCGGACUCCAGAUCACACCGAACGCGUCACGACUGCUACGGGAUUGGGGGCUAGAAAGCGAGCUUGAGCGCGUCGCGGCAGAGCCGACCCUGCUCGCGGUGCAUCGGUACAGCGACGGCAAGGUAUUGGCGGAAGAGCGGCGGUUCAACGAAAAGAUGCGCCGCAAGUACGGCGCGCCUUUUAUCGACGUGCAUCGCGUCGAUUUGCAGCGGAUCCUGUAUAACAGAGCAACUGCGCUGGGUGUUAGUGUGUCGCUGAACUGUCGUGUUUCUUCGAUUGGGAGAUCCAUAUCCACGUCCGCCAACACCACCACUACGACUAGUGAUGGCGAGGGAACAACCACUGGUAGUACUGGCAGACCCGAGAUUCUACUAGAGUCAGGCCGCAAGAUCGAAGCCGACCUGAUCGUCGGGGCCGAUGGCCUGUGGUCCAAAUGCCGCGAAUGUCUACUUGGAAAGUCCGACAAACCUUUACCCACGGGCGACUUGGCCUACCGGAUUGUUUUGGAACUGGACAAGAUCACGGAUCCCGAACUCAAGGCGUGGAUCGCGAAUCCGCAGUGUCAUUUCUGGAUAGGGCCAUACGCCCACGCGGUCGCGUACUCGCUGCGUGCGGGGACAAUGUACAACAUUGUGCUGUUGUGUCCGGACGAUUUGCCUGAAAACCUGGCCAGGACCAAAGGCUCCGUGAGCGAAAUGCAGGCUUUGUUCGCCGGUUGGGAUCCGAUCCUUACGCGGUUCUUGAAACAGGUCGACAGCGUGGAUAAAUGGAAACUGAUGCACCGCGAAGAAUUGCCCUCGUGGACAAAUCCCGAACGCGAUUUCGUCUUGAUCGGCGAUUCCUGUCAUCCCAUGCUGCCGUACCUGGCUCAGGGGGCUAAUUCGUCCAUCGAAGACGGCGCCGUGCUGGGCAGGUUGCUGGCGUAUGUGGAUGCCUCCGGUCCGGGUGAAGAAAGGAAGAGGAAAGAGCAGCUUCGCUGGGCCGUCGGGUUGUAUGAGCAGUUGAGAAAGUCCAGGAGUGAGCGGAUUGUUCGCGAGACUUUUCACCAGAGAGAUGCGUUUCAUAUGCCUGAUGGCCAGGCCCAGAGGGAGAGAGAUGCGCUUUUUGAAUCGCAGCUGGGCAAGGACGAGGUCGAGGUUAAAUUUCCUAGUCGCUGGACUUGUCCAGAGGUUCAGCCAUGGCUGUACGGGUACGACGCCCACCGUGAGGCUGAUGAGGCGGUCAAGGCGCAUCCCUUCCGAGAGGGAUAG